ACUUCCGGGGCACCCGCACGCCCGCGGUGCAGGCUGGGAUAGCAUCCGGGCCUGCCUGUCGGAGUGAGGAGGAGCGAGGCGGAGGCCCCCAACCCGCCCGGCACCAUGGCGAUGCAAGCGGCCAAGCGAGCCAACAUUCGGCUGCCUCCUGAAGUCAAUCGGAUUUUAUAUAUCAGAAACUUACCAUACAAAAUUACAGCUGAGGAAAUGUAUGAUAUUUUUGGCAAAUAUGGACCUAUUCGGCAAAUCAGAGUUGGAAACACUCCAGAGACUAGAGGAACAGCAUAUGUCGUUUAUGAAGACAUCUUUGAUGCCAAGAAUGCUUGUGAUCAUCUGUCAGGAUUCAAUGUGUGCAACAGAUACCUUGUUGUCUUGUACUACAAUGCAAACAGGGCAUUCCAAAAGAUGGACACAAAGAAGAAAGAAGAGCAGCUGAAACUUCUCAAGGAGAAAUAUGGAAUAAACACAGAUCCACCGAAAUAAAGAUGAGCUCUUUUGGAACGAUUAUUUUAACUCUUGCCACACUGUUUUCAGACUGAACCUCAUAAGGACUGUUAAUCAAGUUUGAUUAUUUUCAUUUGACCCUUUUACUGCUAUGCCUCAUGCAUAGACUAUUCAUUUUGAAGCUUUGAUAUUUUAAGUUUGGAAUUUACUAAAUAAAUGUAGUUCACUUUUGGAUUUGAUGGAAUUACUAAAAUUUAAGUAAUUUAGACCAAGUGAACAUGCUUUCUCCUGGAUAUCAAGGAGACCACGUCAUUGCUGCAUAACCGUAGUGUCUGUUUCCAGUAUUAUGACCAAGUUUUUGAUUUAGUCCUGGUGAAAUUCCUCACCCUAGAUGGCUUGCACUAGACUCUGUGCACCACUUAGCUUCCAUUAUUUAGGGUAAGUGGCCUUGUGUGGACUCUCUACAUAGGAGUGAGUUUCAUCCCAUAUAUGUAUAAAAAUCAGGCACCAUGAAUAAAUGGGGGAAAAACCCACAAUUUUUGUAUAGAAAAGGGUCUAGUAUGUUUUGACACUUAUCAAACAUUUGUGCUAUUGUAUCUAAGUUACUAUUUUUCUCCCUAUGGGAAUGUUUGAAUCAACCUAUCCUUUUUAUUACAGGGAACUUGUUUGUUAUAAGGCUGCUUCUUAUAUUAAACAAAAAUUUCUCUGUCCUGUGUAGCUCUUCCCUGAGACUGGUGGCAGUAAAUGGAGGUCUGGAUUACAUGGUCAUAAACGUGAAUUGCCCCUAAAUAUAUCCAACUGUCUCAUAGAUGGUUUUCUAAGAAGUCAUCGUGUUGCCAGUGACUGGCUAAAAGGAGGUUGGGGGGUGGAAAGCUGAUGUGCUAUAUUGAAACAGCAGUUUUACCGUGACAGUGAAUGACUGCAGGGUUACUCCAGGCUUAGUUGAGUGAAGACCCAAGGGUCAAAUUCUGCCUCUGUUACACCUUUGUGGCUUGCAUUGAAAUAAGUGGGAGAAGCACUCAUGAGUUCAGAGGCAAAAUUUUCCUCAUUUGCAUUAGCUAUUUCAGCAACCAGCUUAGACCCAAGACAAAUCAAUUUAGGAGAUAUUGUUGACCAUUUCAAUUAUAAGUACUUAUAAUGAGAGCUUUUCAUUUCUCUUGUAAUUAUUUAGAUUAAUGUUACACUCAGUCUGGUCUGCGGGGGGGAGGAGGGGGGGAAGAGUGUUUUGGCUUAUAGAUGCUGAUACGCUUAAAGACAUGUUUUGCCAAAUGUGAAUGUUAAUGUAAAAUAGACAAAGAUUCUUUAAGAUGGUGAAUCCCCAUAAAUGAGUAUUUAAACUUAAAAUUUACUAGCCAGUGCUCAGAAUUUGCUUACUUGCUCUUAGCUUGAUUGAUGAGGGAAUAAAACUAACAUUUGUGUACCCAAAAGUUGCUUGUGUACAAGUUUUGCAAGCCUUGCUAUAUGCCAUGUUAAUUUACCGAUAACGUCUUUUCUCUUUCAAAUGUUAAAUUAAAAGAUUUAAAAAUUAAAUGAGUAUAAACAUAA